AUGGUUUUCUUUCUGUAUGGACACAAGCAGCAGGUCCAGCACAUGUGUAGGACCAAUGCCUCCUCCAGAUUCUCCCCCAAGUACAGCGCUACCAAAACCCUCCUUCUCCUGGAAAAUGUUCUGGCAGAAGUAUUCUGCACUGUCACUGCUGUUACAAAUGAAAUGAUGAUUGCAGUUCUAAGGGAAGCUAGAGAAGCAGCACUCAAGGAAAGCACGGUGAAUGACAGACUAUUCUCCCUAGAUGUGACAAUAGCACUUCUCUCUUUAUCCCAGACGACAGCUGGAAUUCUGGGCAAUGUCUCCCUCCUUUACCGUUACCUCUUUCUCUGCCACACUCAGAGCAGGUCGAGGACCACAGACUUGAUUCUCCAGCACCUGACUCUCGCCAACUCCUUGGUUAUUCUCUCUAAAGGAGUCCCUCACACAGUGGCUGCUUUGGGGCUGAAGUAUUUUCUCAGGGGUUUUGCAUGUGAACUUCUUUUCUGUGUCCACAGAGUGGGCAGGGGUGUGUCCAUUGGCUCCACGUGCCUGUUGAGUGUGUUCCAGACCAUCAUGAUCAGCCCCACGCACUCCUGCUGGAAGGGUCUUAAAGCCCCCAAAAUCGUUCACUUCUGCAUUGUCCUCUUCUGGAUCCAAAAUAUGUUUUUAAAUUCAAUUAAUCCUAUCUAUGUGUUGCAUGUGUCUAGCACAUGGAGCAAGAAAAAUAUCACAAAGUUUAGAGAUUGGGGGUUCUGUUUUACUACAGAUCGUGAACAAAUCACAGGCCUGAUACAUACAGUAUUGAUAGUUGUCCCUGAGGUUUCAUUUUCUGUGAUUAUUACCUGGGCCAGUGGCUCCAUGGUUUUCAUCCUGUACAGACACAGCGAACGGGUCCAACACAUCCAUGGGAAUCAGGUUUCCCCCAGGUCCUCUGCUGAAUCCACAGCCACCCAGAGAAUCCUGGUCCUGAUGAGCACGUUUCUCUCUUCCUAUGCCCUUUCCUCCAUCUCUCACGUUUGUAUUGCUCUUUUUCUCCGUCUUGAUUGGUGGGUAAUGAACAUUUCUGCCCUAAUUUCUCUGUGCUUUCCAACCAUCAGCCCCUAUCUCUUCAUGAGUCACAGGAACAUGAUACUUGGGGGUAUUGUGUCUUCCUCCAUUUCUCUACCAGCACUUCAGCUGACCGUUCAGUUCAGGUGUCUGAAGGUACUGGCUCUAAAGACCAUCACGCUGCGCCCAGGGUUCUGGCAGCAGAAAGGAGUCAGAUGUGUGAAGAAUGAAAUGAUCACGUGUAGGGUCUUCGGUGAUAAAUGUUACACUGCAUGUGCUCUUUACGUGCAACAUAUUCAACCCAUUCAAGGCUGCUCGUACCAGAAAACCAUGAGGUAA